AUGGUGAAGGAACUCAUGGCAAAGGUGGAAAGCCUGUUCCUGAACCUGCUCUAUCCUUAUCUCCAGAACAAGGUGAUCCUUGUGAUAGAGGGGCUGAGGAAAAGGAAGGCGCUCUUUGUGUUAGCGGUAGUUCUAGGAGUAGUGGAGAAUCUACUCCUGAAGUUACUCCUGUUGAACUUAAUCUUACUACUCCCCCUAUUUCUCCUGGCUCUAAUCCUGUCCACCUCCUAUCCUUGGUACCUUUAUUCCUUCUUCCUUCUACUGUUGGUACUCCUACCCAUAUGGCUCCUCAAAGUGAUUCUAACUCUACUGAUAUUGCUGCUGGUCAAACUCUAA